AUGGAAGCCUUCCUUUCUGGUGAAGCACCGUGCCAUGUCAUUGAACAUGACCCAGAGCUCGCCGUCCCUUCGGAUCACCGCCGCAACAGCCAGCUGUCCAUCGCCACGAAGUUCGCCAAGACAGUGCUGGGCGAGAAGCUGCCAUUGCAGGAUUACGCGGGUGGCGUAUACUUCUUGCGUUUGGUCACUUCGGGGAGAACUUGCGUGGUAAGACAAAACUCGUGGUUCUUGGCCCGCGCUGAUGAUGCGCUCAGCGUGAUGGCCCUGCCCGCCGGCAUGGCCCCUCCGACGAUGUACAACCUCCUCCGUACACAGACGCUCCGCGAAGUGCUGCGACUCGAGCACGUACAGCCCUUCCGGUACACCCAACCGGCGCCCAGGGGGACUGAAGGACUCGCGAAUAUCCUCGAAACGCUCACGAGGAUCGGCCACACGAAGGAUGCUCGCACAGCGUGUACGGUUAUGCAUUGCGAGGACUCUGGACGCGCGAUGGCAUGCCUCUACGUGGACGCGUUGCAAGUCUACGUCGUCUUCGACCCUAGCCCUCCAAGUCCGAGGCUGAUCCCGGGCGUCAUCCAGGGCGGGGCCACGUUCUUCUGUCAUCGCACCUUCGAAGGGGUCGUUGACUGUGUCCAGUCUCUGUUCCUUGGAAAGCCUCUGGCUACGCUGUCGCUCCGCGCACGAGAAAAUGCGCAGAACAAAGACAGGGCGGAGGGUUUUGUCGUUUCGGGACGCUAA